GGUAGUGCGAUUCACAUUCUGGCAACAUUUUAAAAAGAAAGUGAAGUGAAAGAAAUGAAUUUACGAGAAUAGGUCGCAAGUCGCAUAGAUUUUUGGUUGAUUUCCUUUUCACUUUUCUUUCGUAUUCUCCAUAAGAUCUAAUAAACUAGAGCUUAUUUGUGUUCCUCGUUAUAUUUUGAUUCAACGGACUCGGCGCCGUACCACCUAAAACAGGAUAAGUACUAAAGUGAACAGCAUCUUAUUGAUUUUCUUCCCUUGCAUAUGCUUUCAACCAACGCGAAGUGGUGUUGUUAUAACUACUAGCGAAGAACGUGGAUCUAUGUUUUAAGACACCCGUUUUAUAUUUUUUGUAAUAGUCACAGAUCCUGUGACAUUUCACCUAAUUUGGUGUAAACAUAGAAAUAGGAAAAAUGAUGGCAAAUACGCUCGACAGCGUAAACGCGAACCAGCCCACGCAAAAUGGUAGCAAGGUCCAACCUUGUAAUAAUGAGUCAAAGACCAACCUUAUUAUUAACUAUCUGCCGCAAACGAUGACCCAGGAGGAGAUUAGAUCAUUGUUCUCGAGUGUCGGCGAAGUAGAAAGUUGCAAGCUUAUUAGAGACAAAGUGACAGUAUUUCCCGACCACAUUCUGAACGGGCAGAGUUUGGGGUACGCGUUCGUGAACUACCACAAGGCAGAGGACGCCGAGAAGGCAGUCAACACGCUCAAUGGCUUGAGGCUGCAGAACAAGAUCAUAAAGGUAUCGUACGCCCGCCCCAGUUCCGACGCGAUUAAAGGCGCCAAUCUUUACGUGUCGGGCUUGCCGAAGCACAUGACGCAGCAAGAAUUGGAGAAGCUCUUCAGUCCGUACGGAACCAUCAUCAGCUCGCGCAUACUUCAUGAGAAUGUGAAUGUCGGCCAUCUACUGCAAGUGGGUGGCGACGAGCCGACCAUCGUCGGGCCUUCGAGGGGCGUCGCUUUCAUCCGCUACGACCAGAGACACGAGGCCGAGAACGCAAUACGUGAGUUGAAUGGCACAAUACCUCCAGGUGGUACGGGCCCCAUUACGGUCAAGUGUGCCAACAACCCAAGCAACCAGAACAAGGCACUCGCCCCAUUGGCAGCAUACCUCGCGCCUGCUGCUGCUCGCCGCUUCGUUGGUCCUGCUGGUAAGGCUCUGUUGGCUAUCAACAAAGGUCUUCAAAGAUUUUCUCCUUUGGCCGACCCGCUCAUACAGGGUAAUGCCAUUGGCGGCUCAGGUUGGUGCAUCUUCGUGUAUAACAUUGGAGCUGAUACUGAAGAGAGUGUACUAUGGCAGCUCUUUGGCCCAUUUGGUGCCGUCCAGAGUGUUAAAAUUAUUAGAGAUCCCACAACCAACAAAUGCAAGGGCUAUGGUUUUGUCACCAUGACUAAUUAUGAUGAGGCUGUUGUUGCCAUCCAAUCCUUGAAUGGAUACUCGCUAAACGGCCAGGUACUCCAGGUCAGCUUCAAAACGAACAAGAGUAAAUCUUAAAUGAUCCAGAUUCUAGUCAAUAAAUUGUAGCUAAUGCAAAAAUGUUGAUCAUUACUUUGUCAUGGUUUGAAGUUUGACUAAUAGUACUGAACGAAAUACGGAAUAAAUGUGAUUCAAAUCAUGACAUGAUGUCAGUUUUGAACCGAUGUUCAUACAUUAUAAGUACAAAAUAAAAUCAUCACAAUAAUAUCUAGAAAAAUUUCUAAAUGACUGACAUUAUACACCAAGUAUGUACUAAAUUGACCUAAUUUUAAUUUAUGAAGUCCAUGAAAUACCUGUCUAGUGAAAUACCUGAUGAUAUGUCCUAAGAUAAUAAAGUUAGUAACAAGUGAUGCAGUACUAAGUGGGAUAAACUUGCUGUAAUAUUUAAAUGGCUUACCUGACUAUCUGAGUUGUAAAUCAGAUGGAGUCAGUAGCUUAGACAACUAUGAAGUAAAUUAUAAUUAACUGCAUACUUUUUUCUAACUCAGUGUUUAUGUAUUAACUUAUGUCCAUUGAUAUAAAAGUCUUUUUUUUAAGACUAACCCGUAGAGUUCUGGUAUUAUAAUAGGAUAAUGAUGCCAACAAGAUUCUAAUAUUAACAGUAAUUCAGGCAAUAAUAAUGAUAUGUUUAACGAUUGACAGUGCAAUAUUAAACUUUUUUUACUGUAAGUAAAAAAUAAAAAAAAAUAUUUUAUUAUAAUAUGUAUAUUGAAAUGCUGUGCAAUUUUUAUUGUACCAACAACUAAUAUUAUUUUCUUUUGAAAAAUAGUUGCAAUAAUAACAUAGUAUA